GAGAGAGAGAGAGAGAUUCAAAAUCCAGGUUCAGCAGCAUGAAAACGUUCUGGUUUAAAAUUUCGUUUUUUCCCUCCAAACAUUCAUUUAACUUCUAGAAUAAUUUUUAAUGAAUUCCCGUCGAAACGCCCCUGAAGCAAAAGUUUGCCAAGCGGAAGUUCACGCGGUAGGAAAUCGGAAAAAGAGUGAAAGAGUGAGAAAUAUAUAUUUAUCGUUUAUCUUGCUGUGCGGCUAGAGAAUAUUUAAAAAAUGGACACUCACGUUAAGGAGGGACAACUGUACGUCCAGCAUCAGAAGUUUGGAAAGAAAUGGAAGAAGAACUGGUUCGUACUCUACCCAGCCAGUCAAAAUGGCAUUGCACGGCUUGAGUUUUAUGAUUGCUCAGGCAGUGCCAAUGAUAAACCUAGCACUAAGAAAAUGGACAAGAAGAUCAUUCGUCUGUCAGAAUGCAUCAGCAUACUCCCUGCUGUCACUGAAACCUGCCCUAAAGAAAACAUGGCUGCCUUCUAUGUGGAGACCAAUGACAAGACGUACGUCUUUGCAGCUGAGAAAUAUAUUACCAAUGAGUGGGUGGAGAAGAUGUGUGAGAUUGCUUUUCAGGGAGGAAGUGGUUCUCUUGGUAGUUUGGACUCAAAUGGACAGCAAGAGCUUCAAAUGGCAGAGAAUCUCAUUUAUUUCUCCAGAGAGGAAGUGAAUGAGUUUUGGGUGAGUGUCCAGAGGACAGAAGCAUCAGAGCGCUGUGGUCUCUCCGGUCAUUACUGGCUUAGGGCUAAUGUGGACAACCUUAUCCUGAAGGACCCCAAGACUAAAAAGCAUUUACUCGUAUGGCCCUACAAGCUUCUCCGUCGCUAUGGAAGAGACAGGGUUAUGUUCUCAUUUGAAGCUGGACGACGAUGUGAAUCUGGGCCAGGGAACUUCACCUUCGAGACAAAGCAGGGAAAUGAGAUAUUCCACAUAGUUGAGGAAUCCAUUCGGGAGCAGAAAGCCCAAGCUGAAGAACGACACCAAAGUUGUCCAUCAUUAGACUCAGACUGCCCAGCUCUCCAGCAGAUCCGUGCUGCCAUCUCAGAAGCAAACAGUCGUGAACCAGAUGGAGAUUCUGGUGGUAGCAAGCCUGGGUCCGCGGAUGGUAUUUUUGGUGUUUUUGGUAGAAAAGAGAACGAUGGGAAAAAUGUAAAAGGCCGAAGCCUUCCAGAGCCGCCGCCUCCCGUUGGUGGGACCCCGCCACGAUCUCCCAUGCCACGUGGGUCCAAAAAUAUGUUAGAGGACCAAGGGAGUCUGUACUCAGAGCCCGCUGACUCGGUCCGUGCUCCGCCCAGUCCAGGGGACUGCUUAUACUCAGACCCGGUAGACAGUAUCAAAGUCUUGCCCACUCCUAACCCACGCCUCAGGCCGACUGGCGAUGAGGGGGGUAGCCGCCACCCGGGCAUCAAGCCUGAGCCAUUCUAUUCAGACAUCUAUGAUCAGAUCAGUCUUGACUUGGUGCAGAGGACAGUGGCAUUGGGACUCGAUGGGCGAAGCAGGCACCCUGCAGAUGGAGGUCCUACAGAGCACAUCUACGAUGAGCCAGAGGGACGUGCUGGAUCUGCACUGCCUAUUAUUACGCUUUAUGAUGAAGCACGGUUGGAAAUGCAUUCCUGGAGAACCAGGGGAAUGGAGGAGCCUCAAUGUCAUGAGGUGGCUCAACAACCACUGCCAGUGCCCAGACCAAAAGGCCCCAAACCUGUCACAGCACCCAAACCAGGCAAAGUAGCACUGCCCAAGAAAGACCCUCCUCCUCUGCCUCAAAUUAAAGGCAGUGCUAACCUGAACAACAAUAACAGUAGCAACAGCCAUAACAGCACGGAAGGUGUUAGAAGAGAUGCUGGUGCAGGAAACACUGUGGAGCUUUACAGUAAAGUAUCUAGACAUCAGCCGCCUCCAAAUGCAUGGCAUCCUAUCAUGCAGUCUCCAGACAUCAUCUAUGACAACUUAGGUGACAUUUGACCUAACCUUUUUCAACAUUUAGGCAUUCUGGUCUCCUUUUUCUUAACCCUUAGAUGUUUCAUUGAAGGAAAUGUGUUCAUGGUUAACAAGGGAGCGCUCGGUGUCAGUGCUUGGAUUGAAACCUUAGUCAUGUAGUCACUGACUGUCAAAAUGAUUGAGCUAAGACUGUUCAAAACUUUUGUGUGGAUAAUGCCCUCUGAAAGGGCUUGUACUGGCACAUGCCAGAGUUUUGCACUUCUUGGGCAAAGUAGUCCUGUUUUGUAAAUCUGAGUCUGUGACUUUCGGAAGAGAUUAUGAAGCACUUGUCAAAACACUCGGCUCCCUGGAGAAUUUGAGUGUUGUUGUGUGAAUGGUAUCUGCCAGAUCCAAUUUAAUGGUUGAAAUGCAAAGACAAAAAGGUCAGUUAUUGCACGGACAAACCUUGAAUUGUUUUCCAUGGAGAUUGUAGCAAAAGGAUACUAAUCCACUGCUGUGAGUGAGUGUGUGUGUGUGUGUGUGUGUUUUAUAUAUAUGUGCGUAUGCGAAUGAGUCAGCAGCUGUGCUGUUGUUUAACAUGACGAUGAUAAUAAAAAUUAUAGUA